GACCUAACUGGAAUCGAGUGGCGCUUCACAGAAUGGAUCGGACCCAACGGCGGCCUGCGCCCCGACAAUGUGCUUGAGUACUUUGGCCUGUCUCCGUUCUGGGACCCGUCAAGCAACAACGCAAUCCUGCGAAUGCAGACGCAGUUUAACGAGCUGCAGAACGCAUCCCUGGACCUGCGGCAGAUGACUGGCAUAGAGUUUGCAGUCACAUACCACGAAGCACCAGCACUGUUCAUCAUCACCAAGCAGCGGCGGUCCAACCCGACAAAGGUGACGCCAGUGUCGAUCUACUAUGUGGUGAAUGGGAAUGUCUACGAGGCGCCGUCGCUGUACUCGAUUAUCUCAACACGGAUGCUGAGCAGUAUCAAGCAC